AUGUGGAAAGGAUUCGGUAUUUACACGGCGUUGGCUUUGGUGCUGUGCCUGGCGAGCGUUCACCCGGCUGUCUUACGCCCCGAGGAACAACAGGAGACAACAACCACAACAAUCAGCGAAAUGUUUGAGCAUGAAGUUACUACAGUGGAGCCAGAAGUGAAUGUUCCACUGAGCCGUGAUACGAAUGCAACCGUGCAAGUUGGCCUGGCCAGUGUUGAUCCUGCGCCCGGCGAGCUGAGUGGGGCUGAUGUGGUCAAGCCGCAAACAAAGUUGGCUAAACUAUUGUUGCUCAGCACGCCGGGCAAACGACCCGCCGAACUGGAACAUCAGUUUGAGGAGCUGGACGAGAGCGACGCUGCCACAGCCGAAGGCAGUGGUGAAUCAAUUGUGCCCACCACAACGCAGAGCAAUGAGCAGGAACAACAGGAUACCACUACAACAAUGACAACAACAACCGAUAUCAGUGAAUCAACAACAACAACUGAGAGCAGCGACCGCAGGACUGGGACAACAAAACUGUUUGCCAUCAAUGCGACAAUGUCCACGUCAGAGGACUCAACAGAGCCCAACUUGGCCGUUGCCGUGGCCACAGACAACACCACAAUUACGAUUGCCGAACAGCCGCAGGCAGCUGGCAACAACAAUGUGGCCAUUGAGCUGGCUCUUGUCGAGCCCGAGGCGGAGUAUGUGCUGGUCGAUGCUGGAACUGGCCUCGAACUAGAACUGACAUCCCCAACGACACACGAUGAACUGCAGCUGGGCAGCUUCACGCACAUUGACAGCGAUUUCCACUUGCAGCCGGUAGUGCAUUCCGUGGAAAUCGUGCCAACCAGUCUCGACGAUCCCUUGAUUGUUAAUUAUGUGCACAAUUUGCGCUGA